AUGACCGCAACUUCGAUAUCUCCAACAUCUACCUCUCAUGCAAUUACUUCUACUUCUGCGAUUGAUUUACCAAUGUCUACAGCAUCAUCAACCAUAUCCGUUUCCAAUACGCUACCUUCUAAUAGACCGGUUUUCCCAGAAUGGAUUAUUCAGCAACGCGACCAAUUAAAGCGAAAAUAUCCACGUGAUUGUUUUGAUAUUAUUCAACGUCCUAAUCAUCAUCCAACUGAAUUCCGUAUUAAAUGUUUUGACUGUCCUGGAAAACUCUAUCAACCUGGUCCAGAUCUUACAUUGGGGAAUUUUGAGAUACAUCUUAAGAACAAGAGUCACCGUAUAGCUGUUGAAAAACGUUGGAAUCCUCAAUUGGCCGCAAGUCUGUUAAAUAAUGAAUCUAUCGGCAAUAGUAGUAAUACUAACACGAUUCCUGGUUACGGGCAUGCUGAUGGUGCUUCCGCUACUAUAUCGGUCGGUGAUAUUGGCGAUCAUGGUACGAACACAACUCUCGAUAGUGGUACUGGUG